AUGGCUGCCAGUCAGGGAGUCACCAUCAAGGCCGACGAGUACCCUUUCGUCCUCGUCGUCGACGACCAUAAUGACUUCGCUUUCUACUACGCUGGCACAAUGACCCAAGAUGGCAUGGCAAAGUCUCUGAUGAACCUCGAGUGUAUCAUGAGGGAGGACGUCGCCAUCGUCUUCGACAAUGAGUUGCACUUGUACCGUCUUAGCACCCUCAAGUCUGCCAUGACUCUUGCUGGAGAGCGCUACAAUCUUCUUUGCCGCACCACAUAUGAGGUGAACCAUGGAGACAUUGACUUGGCCAAUGUCUCCACCAACGGGUGUAAAGAUGGGAAUGUGGGCAGAGCCACCAGUCAAGAUACCACAACAGAUGUGGGCAGCGAAAAGGAGUGCCAACCUCGAAUUCCCCGACCUCGUAAUCAAUGGAUCAUCUAUCGUCAGAACCGUUCUCGCCAGCUCCACGAAGAAGACCCAACUCUCACCGCUGGACAAAUUUCGACCAUUGUCUCUACCAUGUGGCGCCGCGAGUCUCGUGAGGUCAAGGACUACUUCAAAAAUUUGGCCGAAGAGGAAGACCGGCAGCACAAGGCGAAGUAUCCUCAAUACAAAUACCAGGCCCGAAAGUCAGGUAUCAACAAGCGGAAGCACCAGCAAGUCUCUGCUUGAGAAGGUGGGAAAACGACAAGGAAGCCGGGCACAUGGUUCCGCUCAGCAAUUUCCUUUUCUCGUCACCCUCGGACACACCGGUCCAUGGAAAUCUC